GCGCGCGGGUGCGGGAUGCAGGGCACUGGGAGGGGCACCGGGCUGCGGGGCCUCUCGCCCCAAGCCCGCCGCCGUCCCCGCCUUCUCCCGCCGCCAGCGUCCCAGCAGCCCCCGGGUCUUUGUCCCGGACCCGAGGGCCACCCCCCGCCCGGCCCCUCCUCCGGGGGCGGGUCUGCACCACCCCGCCGGGCUUCCGUCCUCCUCCGCGCAGGCGCCCGCGGCACUUCCGGGGUCGCGCCUGGGCGGGCGGGGGCGCCCGGAGUCGCGGGAUGCCGGUGCGCGGCGCGGCGCAGGCCGUGCAGCCCUUUGCCAUCAGGCUGCGCAUCGUCUGCACGUGGACCGGGUGUGGAUCAGAGUGGCUGCUCGGUCACCGCACCCACAGCCUGUCGAGCUGCGCAGGCGUUUCCCGAGGCCUCCCGGGGCCCAGCGUGGGGCUGCACACGCCAGCUCUCCCGCAGACUCGGGCAGAAAAAGCGACUGCUGGAGGCAGAAGAGCCCGGGAGUGACCUGCCCGGAGCCCCGACGCCCUCCCCUACGGAGCCCCGCUUGGGGCGGCCUGCCUCCCUGGGCCCCCAGCGCAGCCUCUACUUCUCAAGCCCAAAAAGCUGCUGCUCUGCACGGCUGGGAUCGGAGUUUUUCGACCAACCCGCUGUCAUCCUGGCACGGGCAUUUCUGGGACAGGUGCUGGUUCGACAACUUGAUGACGGCACAGAGCUCCGCGGCCGCAUCGUGGAGACGGAGGCAUACGUGGGGCCAGAGGAUGAAGCCGCGCACUCUAGGGGCGGCCGGCAGACCCCGCGUAACCGUGGCAUGUUCAUGAAGCCGGGCACUCUGUACGUGUAUGUCAUCUACGGCAUGUACUUCUGCAUGAACGUCUCCAGCCGAGGGGACGGGGCGUGUGUCCUGCUGCGAGCACUGGAGCCCCUGGGGGGCCUGGAGACCAUGCGGCAGCUUCGAAGCGCCCUCCGCAAGGGCACCGCGGGCCGAGCCCUCAAGGACCGUGAGCUGUGCAGCGGCCCCUCCAAGCUGUGCCAGGCCCUGGCCAUCGACAAGAGCUUCGACCAGCGGGACCUGGCUGCCGACACGGCUGUGUGGAUGGAGCGCAGCGCCCCGGGGACCAGUGAGCCUGCCGUGGUGGCGGCUGCCCGCGUGGGCAUCAGCCAGGCAGGAGAGUGGGCCCAGAAGCCCCUGCGCUUCUAUGUCCGGGGCAGCCCCUGGGUCAGCGUGGUGGACAGAGCGGCUGAGCAGAGCACACAGAGCGGGCCCUCGGCGAGCAUCUGCUCCCAUGAGGCUUUUUAAUUCUGUAAAAACCCAAUAAACACUUUGUCUAGAAAA